CUUUCUCACUUCCGUCCUCGGGGCCGCGUCCCCGCCCCGUCCCCACAGCAACCGCUGCCCGGACUCCGCCCCCGGGCCCGCCCCUGCGUACAGUGCCCUGGCACCCUUGGCACGGCUCAGCGGGCCAGCUCCCGGCUCCCCGCGGGCCCAGGAGGGCUGGAGGCAGGGCCCGGGGAGGAGCCGGACGCGCCGGGGCGGGGCCCAGGCCUCAUGGCCCCGCCUCCUGGUGGGCGGGGCGGGGCGCGCCGCGCGCACGUGGUGCAGACUGCGCCUGCGUCCGGAAUACCACGCCCCUCGCUGUGUUUCGAGAUGCGUCUGCGCGCAGAGCCUUGAGAUGCAUCCGCCUCGUCUAAAGCAGGUGUUGGACACCUCAGUCCUGGGAGGAGAUCCAGUUUCAGUGAUGUUUCCGGACUCGGGCGUUUAGAGGUCGGUCCUGUCCACCCAUCCCCACUGCUGUUUUAUCGUCACAGCCGACAUGCCUCCUUUGACCCAAAGUGCAAGCUUCCAGCUGUAGAGCCCAAGGUGGCCUUCAUGGCUGUUCCACAUGAUUCACAGGAAACUUCCUAUCUGCUCCCUCCAAACCCUGAGGACUGGGAGGGACGAGACAUCCCAGACUUUGUUUAUGGACAGAAGGACCUCGUAGGGAAGGGAAUUCAGUGGCCAAGGAAUGCACCCAGCACCCUGGAUGAACUGCCACGGUCCCGCUUCGACUCUGCCCUCUGCUCUGCGUGGAUACAGCGAGUAGAACUGGGCCUGUUUCGAUACCGCCUAGAAGAUCUGCAGACCCAAAUCCUCCCUGGUUCCGUGGGGUUUGUAGCUCAGCUGAAUAUAGAGCGAGGAGUACAGAGGAGGCGCCCUCAGAAUAUCAGAAGUGUAAGGCAGGAGUUUGACCCUGAACAGUUUAACUUCAAUAAAAUCCGACCUGGAGAAGUCCUUUUCCGUUUGCAACGGGAGCGUAACGGUCCCGCUGCCCCAAAGCAAGAGGACAUCCUCGUGGUGAUCAACGUCAGCCCCCUGGAGUGGGGCCAUGUGCUGCUGGUGCCUGAGCCCGCUCGUGGGCUCCCCCAGCGCCUGCUGCCCGGGGUGCUGCGGGCGGGCCUUGAAGCUGUGCUCCUGAGCUUUCACCCGGGCUUCCGAGUAGGCUUCAACAGCCUGGGGGCUUUGGCCUCUGUGAACCACCUGCACCUGCAUGGCUACUACCUGGCCCACCCACUGCCUGUGGAGGGCGCCCCAAGCACACCUCUGGAUCCAAAGGGCUGUAUACAUCUGCUGCAGUCGCUCCCCGCUCCUGGCUUCCUCUUCUACGCCAGUGGGCCAGGGCCUGACUUGGAAGCCUUGAUUAGCAGGGUAUGCCGGGCCACUGACUAUCUGAGUGACCACGAGAUUGCACAUAACUUAUUUGUGACCCGGGGAGCUCCGCCUGGGCAGGCAUCCUCUUCCUCAGGCCUGACUGGGAUCCGAGUCAUUCUGUGGGCCCGGAAGUCCAGCUUCGGAAUUAAGGAAAGCGGGGCUUUCAACGUUGCACUCUGUGAGCUGGCUGGCCACCUACCGGUUAAAACAUCCCAGGACUUCGGCAGCUUGACAGAGGCAGCUGCGGUGGCCCUCAUUCAGGACUGUCUGCUGCCCCAAACUCAGGCAGAGGAGGUGCAGGCAGCGCUGGUGGCCCUGGUGGCCCAGGAAGAGCUGUGAUUCUUCAGUUCUUUCUUUACUGAUGCGAGACCCUUUCCAAAGACUUAAUCACUGGCGUCUGGGCAUUUCAUGACUACCUUCCCACCUCUCAGCUUGAGGAGUAUAGAGAAAGCACUGAAUGAAUGUAUUCUCGUGAAGGUU